UCUCUGCAAGUGUUUUUUUGUAGGUGGUGCGUAUAAAUCUACGAUUAUGAAGGUUAUAAAGCUUAUUUAUGAAUUACCUUUUGCAACAUUGGAACACCAUAAUACAACACAUUACACCGUGCAUUACACUCGAUUCACGGAAGAUCAAAUUCAAUUAUGACGUAAGAAGAAACUCAGAUGAGGGGAUAAUCAUGAAAUUUCUUCAAUGACAUUUAUAACAGAGUUGGCACUUUAGCAGUAGAAAACUUUUGUUUAUGCGGGAGUGUGUUGGUAAAAUUUAAAAAAAACUUGAUAACAGCUGUUUUACAUAAAUUUUGGAAUAACUUCAAAUAUAAAAUAUGAUGUAUAAAAUUUAUUUAUGUAUUAAUUUCUUACAAUUAAUUUAUGUAUCAAAAAGUGAUAUCGCCGAUUUACGUGCCCAGCAUCAACCUAAACAAUUAACAGAUAAUCAAGUUCGUACCUUAGCUGGUUUAACAAAUGCGAGAGAUUUACAGAAACAUUUUGAUAACAUUGCUGUAGAAAGAGUUGUUGGGACAGAAAGUCAUCAAAAAGUAAAAGAAUAUAUUAUCGAUGUCCUUAAAGAUCUAGAUUGGGAUGUGGAACGUCAUAAUUUUACAGAAAAUACACCUAUUUUUGGGAAAUUAAAAUUUGAGAAUAUUAUUGGAACAUUGAAUCCAAAUGCAUAUCGUUUUUUAGUUUUAGCAUGCCAUUAUGAUAGUAAAUAUAUGAAAAAUGAAGUGUUUAUUGGAGCGACAGAUUCUGCAGUUCCUUGUGCGAUGAUGUUAAAUUUAAUUAAAGUAAUGAAACCAUAUUUAGAACAAUUACGAAACUCAAAUGAUCUUAGCCUGAAACUUGUAUUUUUUGAUGGUGAAGAAGCAUUUCGUACAUGGGGACCAAAAGAUUCAAUAUAUGGUGCAAGAGAAUUGGCUAAACAAUUAUCAAGUAAUCAUUUUAAAACCAAUUUAGGUCGUGUUGUAACGGAAUUAGCACGAUGGGAUGUAAUGGUGUUACUCGAUUUAUUGGGUGCACCAGAUCCAAAAUUUUAUAGUUUAGUUCAAAGUGGACAAAAAUGGUAUUUGAAUUUUGUUCGAGCUGAACAACAAUUAUCUGAUUUAGAUUUGUUAGUAAGAUAUUCGAGUGGUAAAUCAGACCAAACGUAUUUUAACCCAAGAUCAACGCAAUCGUUUGUAGAAGAUGACCAUGUUCCAUUUAUGAAACGAGGAGUUCCAAUCGUGCAUUUAAUUCCUUUACCAUUUCCUGAUGUUUGGCAUACCGUCAAUGAUAAUAUGGAUAUCGUCGAUGUAAACACUGUAGAAAACUUAAAUAAAAUUCUAAGAGUAUUUGUAGCUAGUUAUUUACAUUUGAAAAUAUAAAUAACAAAAAUACAAAUCCAAAAUGGUUACCUGUAAGCUCAAAGUAUUAUUUUUUUACAGAAUUUUUAUAGAAUUAUUAUUAGAAUUGAUUUUUUUAUACUAAAACGGAAAAUUGUAUUAAUUUUCAUGAAGAAUGAUUUAUUCAAGGAUCCUAUUAUUCAGGGUUGAAUGGACAUUUUGUACUAAUUUUUUUUAAAUAUUUAAAUAUAUUGUACCAAUGUGGAUAGUAAAGUUAAAGUAAUGACAAUAAUUCCACCAAAUCUUUUUUCCAUAUCAAAUCGUUUUUACUAUCAAAAUUUUUGAAAAUUUUAACUUAAUGCUGACCCAAAUAAAGUAUUUGAAUGCCACAUAUACUUUAUGUAUAGUUUAAUUAAAAACGUUUUUAAAUGGCCUGUGUUCUUGAUAAUCGAAAUUGGUUUAAGUUCUAAAUUUAAUGUCAUGAACAGUAGCCACAUCACAUUUCAGCGUUCAAGUUGUUAAUUUCAUAUUGGUUUUAAAUUUUGUAUAUACUUAUCACAAGAAACAUUCCUUUACGUAACCCAAAAUAAACAAGAGUAAUUUUAAUGGCCAGCGUUAGUUGACGACUCAUUACUUGCUCAAAACUACCUUAUGUUCUCAUCCAAAACUGGUUUCUGAAUAGGAGUAUGUUAAUAAGUUGAACAAAUGUAUCAAUUAUGCGUGUUUAUAUUUUUUGGUUGCUCGUGUGAUAUUUACUUAAUAUUUUA